CACGUGUCUUGGAUACCGGACUGCAACGUCACUGUGGGGGGACUCGUAUUAAAAAUAAGAACAAAAAUCCAUAGUGAAAGUAUUUCAGAACCAGUAGCGCCUCUUUAUUUACGCGUAGUUUAGGCAGCGUACGAAACAUCGUUUUUCGUUCAGAUCUGACAGAAAACCCAGCCUUUUACGGGGAAAUCCAAACACGAGAUGAAAAGAAAAGCCUGCUCUGGAUUUAAAUAGUAAAAUUAUGUUUUUUCUUUGUGAUCUCGACCAAAGUCGGCUUUGUGGUAUUUAAAGAAAAUCGUCUUCGGUGAGGGUUUUUUUUUUUUUUUCGCGUGUUUCUUUUUUUAUUUAUUAUAAAUUACAAUAAAGAAAAUUGAAGAUAUUUAAAAACUGGAAUUUGUAGAUUUGUGUGCGGGAGAGCGAGAAAGGGGUUAAAGCUCGAGUGCUGGGAGAGUAUUUCAGAAUGGAAGAAAAUGAUCAUAGCAACAGAGAUGCAGAGCGACAGGAUUCCGGCGAUGAAUCCAACAGAGCCAUUCUUCCACUAUUACAAGCACCGGCUAACCUUCUCCCUCACAGAAUUACAAACUUUUUCAUCGACAAUAUUCUACGGCCGGACUUUGGACGAAGGAAAGAGGGGACCUUGAACCGCGAAUCGGGCAUUCGCAGAGGACGGGAGAAUCACUCUUCGGGUUUCAGAUUGGGUCAGGUGGAGGGGACUCUAGCAGAAGAAGGAACUUCGAACCCUGGUUCCAUUAAUGGAGCAAAGAAAGCAAACAUUCCUGAGGAAGCGCCUCUGAAACCCCGAGAAGAAAGUGGGGAUCAGUGCCUAAGCUCGGAUUCGGAUAGUUCGCAAACCAACAGUUCCCCCUCGUCACAGCCUUUGCUCUGGCCAGCCUGGGUGUAUUGUACCAGAUAUUCGGAUCGGCCAUCAUCAGGACCAAGAUCUCGCAAACCAAAGAAAAAAGCAACUCCAAGCAAAGAAGACAAGCGCCCUAGAACUGCCUUUACAGCCGAGCAACUUCAGAGACUGAAGACAGAGUUUCAGAAUAACCGGUAUCUUACAGAGCAGCGACGGCAGAGUCUUGCGCAAGAACUCGGUCUUAACGAGUCUCAGAUCAAAAUAUGGUUUCAAAACAAGAGGGCCAAGAUCAAGAAAGCCAGCGUGGGCAAGAAUUCACUAGCCGUCCAACUGAUGGCACAGGGACUCUACAAUCACGCCUCAAACGUAAAAGAUGACAAAUCAGACAGCGAUUAAUGCCAGAAAAAAUAUCCAAUGCAAUAAUUUAAAGGGCCAGUGUACAAAAAUACCAGCGUUUAUGAGUUUGAAAUAUGUAUGAAGUAGCCUAUAUCAUUCUGCAAUAUUAUGUGUAUAUAGUUUAUAAUUUACAAGUAUGCUGUUGUAAAACAAAACAACUUUUGCAAGUAUUAAUAUUGCUGUAUAAUUUUCUGAAACUUUUGAAACAAGCGCUUUUGAUUGGCACUUGACGUUGAGACACAUUACAGUAACCAUGAAAUUCAUGCUGAAGUCCAAAGAUUUUUUCUGCUGCAUUCAGGCAACUGUGAUUUAACUAAAUGGCAGACGGUUAUGUUAAUGUUAUUUUAUUUCAAUGUUUGUUUCCUGUUUCUUUUUUAUUAUUAUGGUUGAAUGUCAUUUUUAUCAAGAGCUGGUAUUUGACCAUGUGGCAUUGACGUUUAUUUUCCCGCAAGCCUGACAACAAUGCAUUGUAUAGACUACAGUAGGCUAUUUAUGGGCCAGGGUUGAGGAAGUUCUCAUGCAGUAGUCUAGUUUAGGUUAGAUGGAAAACGGACACAACUCCUAAGGCAUCCGAAUGCAUAAAUUGAGGAAAUAAAAUUCUGGUAAAAACAUAUUUAUGAACUGUUGUAAACUUGACUCACAUCUGGAGUAGAGUUCUAUCAGUAGUAGGAAUGUAGAAAUCAUUUUAAAGUGAUGCAGCCAGUGGAGACUUUUACGAUAUAUAAUAUAGUUUUAUGAGAAAAGCAAUAUUUUAACCUCUCUUUUAAAAAACAGGUUUUAAUUCAUAUUGUGCCGAAAUGUAAUGACUUUGUAGCCCACCGGACAGACAAUGAGUCAAUUCUAUCUAAGCUUUUUGACUAUAGUGACCUGAACGCAUCAGAAACAAAAAUAAGGACACAUCACACAUAUUGCAAUUUUUUAUACCGAUAAAUUAGCCUACAUCAUCUAAACUAUUGCUUCAACUUAGUGCCGGUAGUUCACAGUGCUGUUUAUUGUUGUUUGAAACGCCGUCAUGAGAAAAUAUUGAAAAUAUACUGACGCUCAGAUGUUGCUUUUUCAGAGAAGAAGCGGAUGUGUUUACAUUGCUUAUUUAUCUUGCAAUAACUUCUUUUUAUUGAUGAAAAUUUUGAGGCCUUUGCAUGAAAGCGGCAAUUCGUCAUAAUUCACAAAACAAGGAAGUAAUGAGUAUGGUAUUGGAGUUGCAGAUAGAAUCAGUGCCAUGCGAUGCUCUUGGUGUGCAGUGUGUUAAUUGAACAUUUUUAAAGUGUGUAUGAAUUGAGACUCACCAAACGAACACACUUUGCCUUAUAAGUUCUACAAAUGAACUUUCCUGUGAGAAAUGUGGUAUAUAAAAUUAAAAAAAUAUUAGCCUAAUUCACACUGUUUGUAUCAAGAAUAGGCAAUUGCCUUCAGUUCAUACAGCAGAAUAGGCUAUACGUACAUA